GGCUCCGUCUCGACUCCCACUGCGUUCAUUCCCUGCCUCUGACUCGCUCUCGCUCCCAGCCAGCCCCCCGCACGGAGGGAGGCAGACACCGCACUCACUGGCAAGGACUGAGCCCGGCGCGGAGCCGCGGGCUGCACCUGAGCGCCGCACGCUGUGUGUGUGUGUGUGUGUUUGUGUGUGUGUGAGGUAGCCGGAGGAGCAGCGCCAGGGGGACACAAAGCGGCUCAGUCCAGCUCGGCAGCGGCUUCCUCUGAUCCACAGAGAGCCAGACACUCGCUGGGAAGGGAAGGGAGGCAGGGUAGGGGGGGUCCAAACUGCGGCCACUUCGUGGGCUGUGACCAGCCCUUGCUGCUGGGAAGGAGGCUCGGCUCGGUGGGGGCAGCAGCAGCAGCCCGCCCCUCGCUCCAUGGCCGCGCAGUGAGCAGGGGCGGGGCACAGUGGCCGUGGCUCUGGAGCUGGCGCUGCGCGGAGAAGAAGCGAGGGAGCCGCCGCCAGCGCGGAAGUGUCGCCCGGCCGGCCGCGCGGCGCAGCAUGCGCCCGGCUGCUGCCUUCUGAUGCCCAGCCCCGCCGCGAUGAUCGCCCCCGAGCAGCCGCCGCAGCCCAACCAUGUUGUCGCCACCAUCGAGAACCUGCCGGUGGAAGGCGGCGCCGGCGGCAGCGGCAGGAGCAGCAUCUCCGCCGCCUCCUCCUCCGGCGUGAGCCAGCGGCUCCGGAAAGUGCUGAACAGGGAGCUCUUGCUGUCUGUGGCUCUUGGCCAGGUUUUGUCCCUUCUUCUCUGUGGCAUUGGCCUGACCAGCAAGUAUUUGUCAGAGGAUUUCCAUGCCAACACUCCUGUUUUUCAGAGCUUCCUCAAUUACAUCCUCCUGUUUUUGGUCUACACCACUACACUAGCUGUCAGACAAGGAGAAGAAAACUUGUUGGCAAUUUUGAAACGGAGAUGGUGGAAGUACAUGAUCCUGGGGAUAAUAGAUAUAGAAGCCAAUUACCUGGUAGUCAAAGCUUACCAAUACACCACUCUUACUAGUGUACAGCUCCUAGACUGUUUUGUUAUCCCAGUGGUGAUAUUACUGUCCUGGUUCUUCCUGCUGGUCCGAUAUAAGGCAGUUCAUUUCAUUGGAAUUGUGGUCUGCAUUCUGGGCAUGGGCUGUAUGGCAGGAGCAGACGUCCUUGUCGGGAGACAGCAAGAAGCAGGUGAAAAUAAGCUGAUAGGGGAUCUCUUAGUACUAGGUGGAGCAACACUCUACGGCAUCUCCAAUGUUUGUGAGGAGUACAUUGUCCGAAACAUGAGUCGGGUGGAGUUCUUGGGCAUGAUUGGGCUGUUUGGCUCCUUCUUCAGUGGAAUUCAGCUUGCAAUAAUGGAACACAAGGAGUUAUUAAAAGUUCCCUGGGAUUGGCAAAUAGGGUUGCUGUAUGUUGGCUUUAGUGCCUGUAUGUUUGGCCUCUACAGCUUCAUGCCAGUGGUCAUUAAAAACCAGUGCUACUGCAGUCAACCUCUCCCUGCUCACAGCAGACCUGUACAGCCUAUUCUGUGGAUUAUUCCUCUUUAACUA